CACACAAUGAAGAUUUCCAUCAGCCUUAUCGCGAGUCUCAUAAACACGGCGUCAGCCGUUCUCGUGACGUACUACCAAAUCCAGCCCGCAGGCACAACCGACACCCUGCAUGCGACCGGGGACCUACGCUUCUACCAAGCCAACGACUACCUCAACGUAUGGGCCAUUAACGCCGUCGACGGCGGCGGCGCCACCAUCAAGAACGCCUUUACCAAUAUCAAUCCUUAUGUCAGUUGCGAUGACACGGCGUGCAAGUCUGUCGCCCAGCAGCCGACACCCUUCACGUUCGAGGACGCUGGCGCGGGGGCAUUCAGGGUCCGCAACCCUGCGAAUGGACUGGUCUGGACCGCCGCCGACUCCACCAUCAAACCUGCCCCGGCCGAUGGCAGUCAGGCGCAGAAGUUUGUGUUUCAGCCGGUGCAGAUGACUCUGCCUUCUUAGUAAAUGGGAUGGUGCGUCUGACCUCUCACAUUCUAAGGAUCAAGUUGAGUUGAUGCCGGGGAAAAGCGUUGCAUGAAUAAAUAUGUCGGAAAAUAAGACAAAAGCAGAAAAAAACCUCGGGUGUUUGCCAUGUUUUUCAUGAGCUUUAUUUAUAGUUUUACUGGCCCUACUUAUAGCUCUUCUUCG